GCUUCCUGGCGCUUUGCCUCAGGAGGGGGCUCUGCCCUGGCCUUCUCUGAGGCUGAUUGGCCAAGGCCGCCCAGUGGGGCUCCAUGGCCUCCCGGAGUCCUACUGGAGCAAUUCAGUCUCACGGCCUCGCCUUGGAUAUGUUUCUGACAAUAGCACUGCUUCGAAAUAAAAUUCCUGGGGGACAAUGGAUUGGUAAACACAGAAGGCCAAGAUUUGUUACGGUUCAUAUGAAGAACAAUAUGAUCCGGAGGCUCGAAAUAGAAGCUGAAAAUGAAUACUGGUUGAGCCAACCAUAUAUGACAAAAGAGCAAGAGUUCUGCCACAAUCGAGAACGUAGACAAGCGUAUUUUAAGGCACUUGUGGCUGCAGCAAAAUCUAAGUUUCCUGAACACAAGUAUGCUACUGAACAUCUGGACCAUCUUAAUGUGACCAAAAAAUGGACAAGUUCUUGAAGUGCAUGCAGAAAUAUUCAGAUGGACUGCUUGAAUCCAGGGACUGGACUGUUUGUAUUUGCUGAAAGUGGUAAUAAUCGGUUGUAGCAUGGCCUGUGAAUAAAUAUAUUGCUCUCCA